AUGGUAUAUGACCCCAGUCAAACUCGCAAAAAUUUACCACCUGUCUGAUAACAAGUGCUGGAAAUGUAAAGAGUGUGAAGGAACGUUCUUUCACCUCUGGUGGACCUGCCCUAAAGUGAAGGCGUUCUGGGAAAUGAUUUAUAAUGAAUUGAAAAAGGUAUUUAAAUAUACUUUCACUAAGAAACCAGAGGCUUUCCUUUUGGGUAUUGUCAGCCAAGGGGUGGCAAAGAAGGACCAAACAUUUUUAUGUAUGCAACAACA